AUGGCAAGGAUCUCCACGUUAUUAUGGUUUUUCUCAUUCCAAUACUGCUGCUUCAUUGCUUGUGGAGCUCAGCCAAUAUUCAAGAGCAUCUCCACAGAUGAAUCUGCUCUUCUGGCCGUCAAGUCUCGUAUAACACAUGAUCCUUAUAACAUAUUAGCUACAAACUGGACCAAAGGCACUCCAGUUUGCGAUUGGGUAGGCCUCACUUGCAGUCGGAAGCACCAAAGAGUUGCGGAAUUGAAUCUGUCCGCGGGAUCGUUCCAAGGCACAAUAGCCAAAGAAGUAGGGAAUCUCUCCUUCCUUGUUUCUCUGGACAUAAGCCGAAACAAUUUCUAUGGAUUCAUACCAGAUGAAAUCGGCCAUCUGAAGCAGUUGCAAAAUCUAUAUAUCCAGCUCAAUGAUCUAAGCGGGCAGAUUCCCCAGAGCUUAGGGUACCUUACCCGAAUGGAAGAACUAGUCCUGCAUAAUAACAGUCUGAGUGGCCCAAUCCCUCGUACCAUUUUCAAUAUUUCCACGUUGCGGUCCAUUGACUUGAUGUACAACUUCCUUAAUGGGACUCUUCCUGAUGAUCUCUGUACUAAUCUCCCAAAAUUGGAAGUCUUUAAUGCGUCAUACAAUCACAUCAGUGGAGAAAUUCCAGCUACCCUGUCUCAAUGCUCGGAGAUCAAAAUCCUGCGUUUGGGACACAACAUUUUUACGGGUUCCAUCCCCGAAAAUGUUUGCAACCUCUCAAAACUUGAGUGGUUGCGACUUGGUGAAAACAAUUUGACUGGUGUACUACCUUCAACACUCUUCAACAUAUCAUCACUAAGCGAUCUAGCAUUUUCGGAGAAUCAGUUAUCCGGCAGUCUACCACGGGAUAUGUGCAAGAAUGCAAUGAAUUUAGAAUAUGUGUUUCUCUAUGAGAACAAUUUCCAAGGGGAAAUUCCAGCUACCCUGUCUCAAUGCUCAGAGUUGAAGUUCCUAAGUUUUAAAAGCAAUGAACUUAAGGGUUCCAUACCUGGAAACAUUGGCAACCUUUCCAAACUAGAGCAGCUGUUUCUUAUGAAAAACAAUUUGACAGGUGGGCUACCUUCAACACUCUUCAAUAUGUCUUCAAUGACUCAUUUAUCAGUUGGGUAUAAUAAGUUAUCUGGAGCUCUUCCAAGGGAUAUGUGCAAGAAUGCCAUGAAUUUAGAAUACGCGGAUUUCUACGGGAACAUCCUGACGGGAUCGAUACCUCCCAGCCUGCCUUUUUGUAGAUCGCUGAAUACACUUUUUCUGGUGAACAACAAUUUCCAAGGGAAAGUUCCAGUUGGGAUUUGGAAUAUGUCGUCACUUCAGUAUUUAUAUCUCUGGGCUAACAACUUCACAGGUUUUUUUUUUUUGGGUUUUGGUGGUGGGUUCUCUCUUAGUACUGCCAAUGUCUUGAUAAAAUUAUUGAAUUGGGUUGUGCUUGUUUGGCAUGGCAGGGAAACUAGAUUUGAGUUCAGGAAAUUCGACCAUCUUCAAGGAUAUAGGCAUAGGAUCAAAUGGAUUCUACGGUAGCUUGCCAGAUGAUAUGUGCAUCACUCAUCCAAACUUGAAUUGGUUAGACUUCCAAUUUAACAGAUUUUCUGGCAAAAUCCCCUCUAGUCUUUCACAUUGCAGCGCACUCUACUACAUUAACUUCAAUUCUAAUAACCUUACAGGAGGGAUACCAGCUGGGAUCGGAAACAUAUCCGAGCUUCAGUAUCUGCGUCUUUUUAACAAUAGCCUGACAGGAGAAAUCCCGCCUGAGUUAGGGCAGUUGACGCUUCUUGAAGAAUUGCUCCUAGAAUCAAACAAGUUAACAGGCAAAAUUCCGCCAUCCCUGUUUAACAUAACUGCAUUACGGAAUCUGACACUUGCCAGGAACCAACUUGUUGGCAAUGUUCCUCCAAUUCCUGGAUCCUGAUUUCAGCUUUAUACAAGCAGCCCACUGCAUAUUUACUAUAAACAAAGCUGGGCAUAUACUCCCUCCGGUCCUUGUCAUUUGUCAUUUUGAUUUCUGCUAAAUUUCAU